AUGGUGUUUGUGGUAAUUUUGGUGGCUGUUGUUAGUGGUGUCAGUAUUUGUGGUUUUAGUGGCGGUGUCAGUGGUUGUGGUAUUGGUAUUGGUAUUGGUGGCAUUGGUGGUAGUGUUGCUGGUCUUGGUGUUGUUGUUGGUAUUGGUGGUGGUCUUAGUGGAAUUGGUGCUGUUCUUGGUGGCAUUGGUUGUGGUAUCCACGUGCUUUUUUCUGGGGGUGUUGCUGGUGAGGUUGUUGAUGAUGGUGGCAACCAUCCUGAUGCUGCUAUGGCUGCCAAUCAUGAUUAUGAGAAUGUUGGUGCUUAUCUUUUUAGUAGAUUGACUCUUCUGGAGGAUCGUAAUAAUGGAAAAGCUGUCAUUGCUGGUGAAGAAGAUGUUCAAGAGGGAAUUAAUGGUGAAGCUAUUAUUCCAGGAGAAACUAAUGGUGAAGAUGCAAACAUUGAUGUUAGUGGAGGUGCUUCUCAUACUAAGUGA